AUGAAGUGAAUACGAUGCUGCUAGUUGUGGCCAAAAGGGCACCUUCACCUCCCUCUGGCUAGAGCUUUUUCAUUUUUGCAGCGCUGCUUUUAAAAUUACUGUGCGCAGGCGAGUCAUGUGUUACCUUGCGAUCCGCCUUAAGCACACCAGCCAGUGCUGCACUAAGUUUACAGAAGCAUCUUUGGCGGUGUGAUAUGCUCCAUCAAAAUGUAUACUUGCCCUGAGAUGUGACUUGGCCGCUGCGCACUCUCGCUUCAUCCUCGCAGCUCGGCUGCAGGAGAUAUUGUAAGUCUGGUGAACGAAAUGACCGCUGGGUAAAUGGUUGCUGACUGAUAGUCAGAUCACGCAUUGGAUUAUCGGCACAGGCUCGGCGCUCUUUCUUCUUGUCGGAGAGUCAGAUUGCAAGGACUUGAGUUGGCACGUCCAUACGGCAAAAUGGUGGAACUUUAAUUAGUCUGCCGGACGUAGUGUUUGGUGUUUGUCGUUGUCUCUACAAACUGCCGGGUUGCGCUGGUUUUGUUUUUAUCAAUUCUUAUUCGUCGAUUAGGUCCCAAGCGUAAGGAAAGGUAACUAGUUACUUGACACUCCUCUUCGAAGGCUGAGUCAUUUGGCUCGCUCUGAACCCUUUGAGGGUAAGACUAUAACCAUUUGCCAGCUUAAUUUAAGGUUAGCAGCGACUGUUACACUUCAUGUUUGCAUAUUGUGAUAUUUGAUUUGUUUUUGUGACAACUUGUGCUUCUAAGUCAUCUUAUUGCGAAGGUUUUGGUCUAUAGAAUCUAUAAAAUUCGAGGCAAUCAUCAGGUUUCUUUGAAACUGUUCGUCGUUGGAUAGCGAUGACACACCUUUUGUGAUCAAAACUUGUUCUGUUGUGUACAUACCGACGUUCUUAAGAGUCAUUUGCAAAGGCUCUUUAACUGAUUCAGGUUGCCUCAUUCUUUCAUAGAAAUAAGUUACUGAAUUGAAAGAAUAUGAAAGCAUCGGCCGAGUCAACGGUCAGAUCACUAGCAGCUUUGUAGGGUACUCAUCUAUCGCAUCUGAACUGUGGCUUGCAGCUUGAUCUGGAUAUUACAGCAGAGCUGAAAGUCACUUUUAUGAAUCUAAUUCUUUCAGAGAACCACGUCAUUAAAAGAGGUGUACUCAAUUUUUGUGCACGAAGGUUUCUGAGGUCACAAACAAUCACCCCCCCCCCCCCCCUCCCCCCUAAUUCAUAUCAUCCAAAGUUCUGCCAUUCUAAGAUGGAAAGUUUCGCCCUCUUCCUGCAGCGUAUUGUUGCAACAUUAAUUGCACUCUUUAUCGCUUACCUAUGCAUCCUUUGGUUGUUUAGCUGGUGGAAACCCGAUAUUUCCGAGCAAGGUGCAAUUGAUCUGCUAAACCGCUGCAAGGGAACGAUAGCCAAGUCAGUUAAAAGAUCAAGCAGAAAUUAUCUCAUGAACAUGCACCUAUAUGACCUGCUCAUCCAUAGACUUUCAGAGACACGAGUUACUUUGGAAAAAGUUCAGCAAUCAAUAUCACUCGAUGUUGAUGGGAAAACAAUUCCAGUGCUGCAAGAGCUCCUCCGAACUCUUCUCGACGCCAAAAGGGUCAUUUUGUCCGGCCGCAUCGCCAGUUCACGAUGGCUAAUAGCAGCAAUUGAGCAAGGUGAUAUGAAAGAGACCUUUUCAGAACUUCUAUACGACCUCAAAUGGCACAUGGAUGUUCUUCAAAACAUCUGCGGAAAUUCCAAGGUCAGAAUUGAACCACUGUUGUACAACGCUGAGUUGAGUAAGGAAGACGAAGAAACUCUGGAGACAGCGAAGAAGGAAAAUGAGGUGAUCGUCAAGAACAGUCUCAUUUUCAUGUCUAAGAAGCUGCACGACUCGACAGAAAGAGAACUUGCAAAUCAAUUGCUCGAAAAGAUGAAAGUUAUGAUAGAUCAAGGCGAGGAGCAAUCAACAAUGAAUUCAAAUGGGAUGAACUUGGUUACAUCGUCCUCCAAUUUGUUAUUCAUGAGUCCACGAAAUCUACUACAUCGCCUUCGUGGCGAAUCACUUGGUAAAGGUACAGGCGGAGAGGUUCGAAAAAUAAAUCUUUUGGGAGGCACCUUCGCAAUCAAGAUUUUCGAGCAGGAGAGUACAACAUCCUUUGAUCAGGAAAUGGCAGCGAUACAGAAGCUGGGGCAUCACCCUCAUAUUGUGCGCCUCUUGUUCUAUUCUAAAAAAGAGGACAAGUGCUUCCUCAUCAUGGAAAAGAUGGACAUGGAUCUAUCUGAUUUUUUGCAGGAGAGGAAAGAUAGCGGCAGUAAACUUUCACAUGUUGAAGCAGUUGUACUGAUGCUCAAAAUUGCGGAAGGCGUAAGGUACAUUCACAGCAUGCAUAUGGCGCAUCGUGAUCUCAAGCCUGGGAAUGUUCUUGUGAAUGUUGAAAUUGAUCCCCUGAGCAAACUGUUGAGAGCUUGUUCAGUGAAGAUUACUGAUUUUGGUCUGACAAAAACCAAAAAAGCCAGUAAGACAUAUACAGACCAAACUUGGAACACUGGUACUUCAAGGUAUAUGGCACCAGAGGUCUUUAAAGAAAAAGACAACACGGAAAAAAGAGCUAAGCUUAAUCCUAUGAAAGCUGAUGCUUACAGCUUUGGUAUUAUGUGCGCUGAGAUUCUAACUGGGGAGAAAGCUUUUGGAGAUAUGGGCCAUAUGGAAUUGAAGAAGAAAGUGAAGGCGAACGAUAAUCUAAAGUCGAGACCAGAUCUUUCAAAGGAAGCAUAUCCUCCACGGUUGCAAUGUUUGAUUCAAAGAUGUUGGACUGGAAAUUUUCAUAUCCGGCCAAAUUUUGCUGAAAUUUGUGAAGAGCUGAGGUUCAUCAAAGGGCUGCUCCUGCAAGGUGAUCACAAAAUGCUCAAGGUUGUACAUGAUGACAUUUUAAAUGAACUCAAAUUCAAGGCCAAGAGGGCACAGGGCAUCAAGCAAGGACCAUGGGGACGUGACGAACCUAAAAAAACAACUGGAUUAUUUAAUCAUGUGGGUUCUUUUAUUAAAUGGAUCAAUUUGAAAUAUCAACAAUCUCCACCUGGAAUUGGAUUAUUUGAAGUGGGAUAUAUUGAACCUGAUGGACAAGAGCACAUAGAAAGACAUUCUAAUGGAAUCAUUGGAACCACCUACCGCAAGAUUGACUUUGAACCUGGUGAAUACAUCAAACAAAUCAGAGGAUCAAUAGCCCCACAUGAAGUAAGAGUAGGAGACCACAUGGUUGGCCUUAUUAGUGUAGUCUCACUUACUAUACAUACUAAUUUCCAAAUUUUUGGACCUUUCGGUGAUGAGACUAUUGGUAAACAAUUCAAAAGUAGUAGUGGAGAAGUAAUUGGAUUUUUUGGAGCAAGUGGAGUUCUUCUUGAUAAACUGGGUGUUUGGAUCAUUCCUAAUGGUCAAGAAGAAGGUGAUCCAAGUCAUCUAAUAGAAGAUUAAAGUAUUUAGUGAAGUUUCAAGUUCCAUCAUAUUAGUAUAAAUCUUUGUUAUAUUGAAAAUUUUCUACCAAACUUGUUAUAGUAAAGAU